AUGGUGGCCACAGGAACAACCGUGAAGGACGUGUCGCCGCAUGCCUUCGUCAAGGCAUAUGCGGCUCACUUGAAGCGCACAGGCAAGGUGGAGGUUCCCACAUGGGCUGACAUCGUCAAGACAGGAACCUACAAGGAACUUGCGCCCUAUGAUCCCGAUUGGUACUACAUCCGCGCUGCCUCCAUGGCUCGCAAGGUGUACCUGAAGCCUGGCGUUGGAGUCGGUGCCUUCAAGAAGAUCUACGGCGGGCCGAAGAACAACGGGUCGCGGCCGUCGCACUUCUGCAGGAGCAGCGGGUCCGUGGCCCGGCACGUGCUGCAGCAGCUCGAGUCCAUCGGCAUCGUCGAGCAGGACGCCAACGGUGGCCGCCGCAUCACCUCUGAUGGGCAGCGUGAUCUUGACCGUAUUGCUGGACGGGCUGCUGCUGCCGCUGUGGAAGGUGCUGAGGAGGAAGAGUAA